AUGAUCCGUCGCAACUCCGAUAUUGAGAUCCAGCUCCCGGAUGCUGGGCCUACACCUCUUUCUCCUGAUUCCGUGAGCGAAGUCGACGUGGAGAUGCUCUCCGAGGAGCCCGCUCCUCCCUUGAGUCUCCCGUCACACAUCGCAGCCCGGUUCUACCGGAAAAGCAGCAAAGUUCGCCGCUCCUCCUCCGCCUCAUCUCGACGAAGCUCGGUGUCCUCUCUGCAGUCCCACCACUCGAGCGCAUCAUCGAACGGCCCGGCAAGUGCAGACAGUACUGCCCAACAUCUCCGCCGCAUGUCCAUCUUGGAGAGCCGAAAAGCACGACUCGCGGACCGUGCAUUGUAUGCGGAGAAAGUGAGGCUGCGAGCCUCUUUGGCUAAAGCGGCAACAAGGAAUCUACAAAUCGAAGAGAGGGCCUUAGCCGCCCAGCAGGCCCGCGAGCGUCUACUUGCCGACAUCACUGCCAAGUGCGAGGACCAAGUCAAACGCGCCAAGAAGAAGGCCGAGGACCACCGGGACAAGAUAGCUACCGAAGAAGCUCGAAUGCGCUUGGAAAUGGCAGAGAAGUUUGCAGAGGCAGAGAAACGGCGCACUUUGUACCAGCAGACUCACCGACGCCAGCGGACGAGCAGCUUGCCAGUCACAGAAGAAAAGAAGAUGUCCAGAGAGGUCACCAAAUCGCUUACACAAGAUGCAGCUGCGCGGAAGAUCCAACGCGUGUGGAGAACCCAUCAUGCGAAAAUGGUUAUGGGGCAAUUCCGGCUGUUGAACCUCACAGUGGAUCGAGUCCGCGACAUGAGCUUCGAGGAAGUAGGCGCACUGCUCUCUAACGGCGCGCUACUAGAUACUAUGACACGAGUGCUCCGACUUUGCGACCCGCAAGACAUGGAAGGUGGUUCGAUGGGCGAGAGGGGCGCAGUACGCACAUUCCUUAGCAGUUAUCUCAUCGUCACUCAUCCGAAAGAAGUCCUGAGCAGCAAUGGCGAUCAGGAGCAGGAUCUGAUUGCCAAAGCCCGGGAACUACUGCUAGCCUUUGACCAGGUCACGGCGCUACUAUCGUCUGGUUGCUGCUCUCCAUCCGUUAUCACUGCGGAUCUUCAGACUUUGUGUGAAUCACACAAUGUGUUUUUCUCUGCUUUCCAUGCCUGGAAGACCCACGACUCUACCGUUUUAAUUGAAAUCAUGGUGGCGCAGUUUGUUGAGUUGGAGUUAAUCUGGCAGACGGUCAAAAACGAUACAGCCGGCGGGGCUGCAGAGGACUACAGGCAGGGAAUUCGUCAGAACCAGAUUCUGUUGCUCGCCCGUCUGAAGAGACUUGCUGGACCUGACCGCCACAUGGAGAUGAUCCGGGAUUCAUUGAAGAAAGCCAAACGGGAGAAAAAGCGGGCUGCCUCCAAGCAAGCUAUUCCUCGGUCUGUCGAGGCCGCUCCUCCCACCGCGGAUGUGCUGACGGAGAGUGUCGCAACGCCUCUGAGUGAAUCAUUUAACAAUAUCGAUGCUGCCGUGUUCCAAGAGCUGGAUAAGCAGCGGACAUCUCCCCAUGAUAGAUUCACCAAGAUCCUCACCCCUCUUCCUGAAAAUCGGGAGCUGGUGCAUGAGCUUCUCCUCAACAAAGAAUUCAGGAUCGAGGAAGCACCCUACACUGAACCACGCAGACAAAUCAUGAAGCAGAUGUGCGAGACGAUGAAGAUUGAAGUUGCAGCUGGGCACGGCACCAACUGGACUGUGGCCAUGGCUACUGUCAUUCAAGAUCGCUUACUGCGUUCACUCCAGCGGGGAAAUUCCCUUUACGUGAUAAUCAGCGAAGCGUUGGAUCCCAAGCUGGUCCAGAGCCAGUGCGAAGCUGGCACAUUUUCUUAUGAGAACUUCUUCGUGUUCAUGAACAACAUUUUACCACGGCUUUGCGCUCCUUAUCGGGACUCGGUGGUCAAGGCGUAUAUCGAAGAUACCUCCGGCGAUGCCAUUGACCGGUUGGCUCGUUUGAUGAGCGUAAUUGACCUGCUUUCACUUGAUCAGACGAAUUUUAUGAUCCAGCUUGCCGCACCCCAGCUCAUCGAAGAAGCCCCGGGAUAUGAGAAGCGAGCAUUUGACCGGGGCGUCGCAGAUGGGACCAUCAGCCUUAGUAAGACUAGACGCUUUUGGCGUAUUCAUCGCAAGAUGAUCGUUGAUGAGAUGAAGAAGCGGGAUCCAGAGGGCAUCCAAGGGGAACCGCACCCACCAUCAGCACGAGUCUAUGCCCAAGGACUUGCAGACACCGUUCUCAGCAAUGCCCUCGUGUCCGAGGAUCUAGUGCCAGAGACACUGAGUCUGGACCGCCGACGGCUUGAACGGCUGCACGCCAGGGCGUUCCAGAUCGUUGCCACGGCUUCCAUCCUCCUGACAGCAAAAAACCUGCUCAAACGGGACGCACGGUCUCAAUGGAAGGCCGAAGCAGAUCGGAUUCUGUCGCUCGACUUCAACGAGAUCACCGCAGAGCGGGUCCAGUCUAUCCUCGAGUCCACGCAUCCGAUGCCACCUGCUGCGAGCGCCCAACUUGCAGCUACAGUCAGACGAGUCCUCGGCCCCGUGGCUACUGCAUGUAUCGCAGCUGCGCCUCAGCUUGCAGUGGUCACCUCAGAGGCACCGACAGAGUCGCCUGGGAACACAAACUCCGCCCCCAGCUUCUCCGACCCGGUGGCGAAACUCAUUCUCUCCCGCCUCCGUAGCCAUGUCCUGUCGCGUCUCAGCGCAGCAAGUGCGUCUGAGCGGGUGCGAGCUACCACUACGGCUAGUCAGAACCUGGCCGGAGCGGGUAUGCCCGAGUUCGUUAAUGAGGUUGGAAAGCUGGUAGAAGAAUUAGAGAAGAUCAGAGAGGUGGAUUGGCUUUGCCAUGGGACUGUUUAUGAAGGUUUAUACGAAGAAGGCGUUGCACAGUGA